GUUUGUUUACCUGUUUUCCGCGACCGCGAGUGCGUCGAUUGCUGCUUUUCUUUAAACGUUAUUAGCUAGCUGACAUUAGUCAUUCGUUUCACAUUUCACAUUCGUUCGUAGCACGGUCAACUUGUUACUCCCUCGCUACGCAAAAUUCGACUUGUCAAAGUUUCCUUCGGAACGUAGCAAUCGGAAGCUAUACAGUAUAUUUUCGCGGUACGGCGCCCGGUUUCCGGUUCAUGAGCAGCAGCAGCAAACGGUUGCUAGCUAAAAUGGUCAACAAGCACUACGCCAAGAGCUGGGAAGAGUUCACCCAACUGGCUGCUAGCCUUGAGGGCAAAGGCCAACCGGUUCAUGUCCUUUUCACCGGAGAUAAGGACGAGAACGGUUCUAGCUGGUGCCCUUAUUGCGUCAAAGCCGCCCCAGUUGUCCAGGAAGCGCUCAAAGUGGCCCCGGAAAACAGCCAUUUCAUCAAUGUGGAAAUCGAUCGCCCAUUCUGGAAGGAUCUCAACAAUCCCUAUCGGAAGGACACCCGCACCAAUCUGGUGUUCCUGCCGACAUUAUUGCGUUGGAAAUCGCCGCAACGUUUGGAUGGCGAACGGGUUUCGAACAAGGACCUAGUCGAGAUGCUUCUGUCCGAUGAAGAUUGAGGUGGUCAAUUCGAAUCCAUUUCCAACGCAUCUUAUUCGGUGGUUCGGAUCAAACAAUAUCUCGGUUUUAUGUAUCUUUCAAAUGGUCUACUGCUCUUAUAAUAAACAUCUUUAACCCAAA